UACUUAUCUACCAUUUUGUAUCUCUACAGCUUUUCAGACGAAGUUGGUCAUCGACGAAAAAGGAAGCAAAUAUGCGUUUAUCCACUACAUAUGUUUGUUUGCGCCGUUAAAUAAACCAAAUUACAGUUUGACUUGUUAGGAUAUCUUGACAUUAGAAGCAGUCGGCUGACUGUUGUUCUUGUAUCGUCGUGUCAUCUUGUUUACGUUUUCUAAGCUAACGGCGUUAGACACUUAGCUUAGCUAGCGACCAACGGUCCAAGCGUUAGCUUUCCAAAGCUAACUAGAGACUGCUGAAAUGGCGGCCAACACGAAACAAACAGCCCCUACAACAAACUGGUCCUUUGGAGGUGCUGGAGAUGGCCAGGUUCGCGAAAACCCAGAAUGGGAGAAGGCAAGACAAGCACUAGCGUCCAUUAACAAGAGUCAGAGCGCUGCUAAGAAUGCACAAGCCAACCGGACAGCCACAGCAGAGGCCGGUCAGUUUCAGCCAGCAGUGACUGACUCAGCUGCCGUUCAGACACCGCAGCAGCCACCGCCACCUCAGCAGCAGCAGCAGCAGCAGCAGCAGCAGCAGUACUAUCCAUGGUACCAGCAAACUCAGCAGCAUUAUCCUGGAUACACAUACCCCUAUAAUUACUACUACCCCGUGGCUCCAUAUGGAGCUGCAUAUCCACCAAAUCAGUAUGGUACACCCCCAGGGCCUUACCCAGGAGCUCCCACCCCUAAUGGACAGCCUCCUCCAGUGCCUGGAAUGGAAGACCAGUCCCCCGGCUACCCAGCCCAACCUCCUCCCCCUUCCACUACCCAACCCCCCCAGAGCCCUACCACCUCCGACAAACCACCUCCUCCUCCCCCCCCAUCUAUACCUCCACAAUCCAACUCCCAGUACCCCACUGCUCCAUCACAAAAUGCUUAUGGUGGCAAUAACUCCAUGCAAUACCCACUUGGUGACUCCAACCAAAUGCAAGUAUAUAAUCAUUCCCAGGGUAGGCCCAACUAUGGACAGGGUUUCCAGGCCCAGAACUCCUAUCAGCCCCCACAGAAUAACAAGCAGCAGCAGCAGCAACAACAACAACAACAACAACAACAACAGCAGCAGCAGCAGCAGCAGCCAGGCCAGUAUGCACCAGGGCUUGGCAGAGGAGAGGCCAACAAAAACAAAAACCAAAAUCAAGGACAGCAGCUGUGGCACCGCAUGAAACAGGCACCUGGUGCAGCUGCUAUGAAGUUCAACAUUCACAAGAGGCCUUAUCAGGUUCAGUGUUCUCCAAUUUCCAAUCAGACUUUCCCUCCAGACGAGCAGCCCUCAGGAUUAAAUCCUACUCCUUCCUCCCUGGCUUCUGCCAGUUCCCCGCCUGGCGGUGCUCAGAUGCGACCCCAGGACUGGCCCCAAGCCAUGAAGGAAUAUGUGCAGCGCUGCUUUACAGCCUGUGAGUCAGAGGAAGACAAAGAUCGUACAGAGAAGGUGUUGAAGGAGGUUCUGCAGGAUCGGCUGAAGGACGGCUCUGCUUACACCAUCGACUGGACCCAUGAGCCAUUGCCAGAACUAAAGGCCAAGCCCUCUCGUUGGGAGACUCUUGCAUCCCAGAGGACAGCUGAUGGCUCAGUUAGCCGUGGUGGAAGUACACUGGCUGCAUCUCCAAGAGGCAGGGGUGGUGCACACCGAUUGGGCCACUACAGGAAUAUCUUUUCUCAGAGGAGUCCAUCUUCUAGUUCCUCUCAUUCAUCCUCUCGCUCCCCAUCCCCCUCCUAUGACCGACACAGGGACCGCAGCACCCAAAGGCACAGACGCAGUGACUCUGGCUCGCAGUCAGACAGCAGCAUCUCCAGUGACCUCCGACCCCAGUUGUCACGACGAAGAGGUGGACGUGGUCGAGGUAAUGACAGGGAAAGGGGACGUGGAGGAGGAGAGAGAGGACGUGGAAGAGGAGGAAAAGCAAAUAGAGGACGCCGAAAUAUGGAAGACUCCAAUGCAGCGGUUGGAAAGAAGAGGAAAGGGGGCAACGCCGGUGUGGAUUUCCAUGACCCACUGCGAGAAGCCAAGAAGCAGAGCCGAGCAGCCCGCUUCCAUAAGCAGCUGCGCUCAGAGCCUCUGGUUCUCUCCAUCAACUCUUUCGACCAACCGGAUGGAACCCAGGAGAGCCUCAGCUGGGAGGACGUCCCCAUCGUGGGGACAUGCCAGGACGUCACCAAGCCCUACCUGAGGCUCACCUGUGCCCCCGACCCCUCUACUGUGCGCCCUGUGCAUGUCCUGAGGAGAUCUCUGCUGGCUGUGAAACUCCACUGGAAAACCCACCAGGAGUACACGUAUGCCUGUGAACAGAUGAAGUCCAUACGACAGGACCUCACGGUCCAAGGAGUUCGUACUGAAUUCACAGUGGAAGUGUACGAGUGUCAUGCACGCAUUGCUCUGGAAAAGGGAGACCAUGAAGAGUUCAACCAGUGCCAGACCCAGCUGAAGGCCCUGUAUAAGGACAACCCGUCAGAGAACAUUGGAGAGUUUACAGCAUAUAGAUUGCUGUAUUACAUCUUCACCAAAAACUCUGGAGAUCUGACCACUGAGUUGGUGUACCUGACCCCGGCCCUGCGGGCAGAUGUGUGUGUGGCUCAUGCUCUUGCACUCCGCGCUGCCUGGGCAUUAGGAAACUAUCACCGUUUCUUUAAGCUCUACAAAGAAGCCCCGCGCAUGGCUUCAUACCUCAUUGACAAGUUUGUUGAGAGGGAGAGAAUGAUUGCACUUCGGGCUAUGGUAAAAACGUUCAGGCCCGACUUGCUCGUGGAGUAUGUGCGCUCCAAUCUGGGCUUCUCUUGUUUAGACUCCUGUGUGACCUUUCUCACUGCGCAUGGUGUCACUUUCUACCCCGGUGACCCUGAAAAGAUAGACUGCAAAACCAGUUCAGCCGCUUUGGCUGCCUCCUGAGGGGGUGGGGGGGAACACCAUAAAGGGAGAAGUUAGGGGACCAUAAUGGAGCUUCACAUAUACAAUGCACUGCACUUGAGACACAUCAGCCUUUUCAGAUAGAGUUAGCAAACUACAGAAGACCCACAUAGAAAGAUUCAUGAAUACUCUUAGAUUCAGAUUACAGAUGUUGUUGGAUAGGAACUGCUUUACAUUAGGAGUGGGGAGUUUAGAUCUGGGGUACACGUGUAGUGUCAGCAAAGAGAGUCAAAAGUCAAUAGAACAACUCAGUGAGGCCCCCCCCCAUGAUUCCUGUUCCCUAGCGACCCUCAGAUGUCAAAGCUAACAGUGUUCUGUUAUGUGUUUUCCUUCCUCAAGUCAACAGCUUCAAGACCUGAAGAUUCAAGCCUUGUAAACCAAAAGGGAAAUACAAACAGCUGCCAGCCCUUCAUCCUGCUCUCUCCUGUUUGAAUAGAAGUCCACAGAUUCAGAUCACCCUUACACAUUCCUCCUAAAGACUGUGAUAAAACGCAUGAGAGAAGGCGCCCGCCGCGUGUCUGAAGGAAGAUGAGGUGGUUUGUAUGUCCUGCACCGGUUGCCCCAAAGGUAUCAGAUGGCCGCGCAUCAUCCUGUUCUUCAUCCUGAUCAAAAGGCCAGUGAGAGCAAUGAACUUAAGUCUUAAGUCUUGUUCCUGAUUUGAAUUAAGUUCUAUUAAUUCAAUGAUCCGGUCAAGAAAUGGUUGGCCAGCUUUUGGGAGAAAGUCUGAACGUGAUGACCAUUGACUUUGUGUAUGAUCAAGGAAUCAGGCAAGUGUUCUUCAUCAGGGUGGUUUCCUCCAAGCUGAGCUCCAUCUCCAGAAUGAAAGCAGCCAGAAGCAGAGAGGGAGUCUGCCUCCAGCGGACGUCCUGCCAGUACCUGGAAUCCAGCAGACCCCGGCCAACAGAAAAGUGAUGAAGCCCCUCUGACCUCCACGUUGGCGUUCUUAACCUCACCAGCUGUUAAUCAACAGAAAAGCUGCCAUCUUUUAAAUACAGCCAAAGGGGAAUUCUGCGUGGUGAGCUUCAGCGAGAACCUGCUGCCUCUUCCAGAAACUACGAGCGGUUUGUAUGAUCUGUGUGCACGGCUGGUAAGCUAAAGGGACUCUCUGGGAGGAGGAGGAGGAGGAGGAGGAAGAGGACGGCACGGCUGAGAUGCUGCCUCACUUUUCUUCUGUGUUGAAUUUCUUCCAUCCUUUGUUUUGGCAGUCGUGGCCCAGUACAAGAAUUAUGGAGCAGCAAAGCAGAUUUUUAUAAUAAGCAGUUUAAUGUUGAAUUAAGUAUGAUACAAUUUGACUAAACCCUAAAAUGCCAGAAUGGCACCAGUUAGAGCCGACGUGUUUACUGCACAUUAACCUGUGCUAUCUGAAGGUCAUAUGGUUGAGUAUUAAAUUACUGUCUAGAUCAGAUGUACACUCUUAUCAACAAAGGACAUGCGAGUUGAGUCAAGAUGCUUUAUGUCCAUUUUCCCAGUUGACAAGUAAUUAAUAAAUAAAAAGAGAAAUAAAGGACUAUUUACCCUCGGUACAGGACAGGACUAGAAGUAUUUCUGAUGUGAUUGUGGUCCAUUAGUCUUGAGGCUUGUGCUGUCCAGGACCUAAAAUACUAUUGGUGGAGGAGCACACUAUUUUAGGUGAUAAUUGGUAUUAAAAAUGAGGUAUUAGACAGUUCCAAAUUGUUUAAUAAAUGUACACCUAUAACAACAACACAUUAGCUCCAUGUUCACUUGGUUUGUUUUCCACCAGAUCCUAUAAUGUAAGGACUCCUAGAUAAUGAUAGUGUACAAAUUUGAAGAAAAUAAACGGGUCGUUUUGUUUAUUUGAACAGUAUUAAUUGCUGCUGUAGAAAUAUUAACCCAUUUCAGACUGAGGGGUAACUAAGCAGAACUUGAGUGGAUGCAGGCUUGCUGUACAUGUGUAUUUGUCAACAGUUUAUUUUUGUAAAUAUUGUAUGAUAUUGCUGUGAUUUAUUUCCAACUAGUGCAUAGUGUCGUUUUUUUUCCCCUCACACGGGUAAGUGUGAUUCUCUUUUGUUUUCUUCUGGGUUUUGCAGAACUCUUUGACCAUAUGUAAAUAUGUAAACUAAAAUGCAGAUAGAUCUGGGUGACGUUGUCAGGAUGUAGAGGGGUCGAUGAUUUCCCCAGUACAGCCUGAAAACAUUCAAACAGGCAUUGUGGCAAUAUUUGAUGCUCAGUUUUGAGUGACAUGACCAGUCCCAUUUUAUUCAGGCAAAGCUCCUGUUGCCUCGAUUGUAUCAUUGGCCUUUUUGUGGCAGUAAAGCUUGGCAGGUAGUUCCAUGCAAAGCUGAUAUCUUCUCAGUGAUGAACACAAAAUGUUUAAGUCUUCAACCAAUUUCCAUCAGGUUGACAAAAUGUUCUUGUAAACACUGGACCGUUAUUUGUCUGUCAAACUUCACUGUUGACCAUUUCAGCAAACAAUUUGUAAUGACAACAAUCUCAACAUGUUUUCUUUCUUUCCCCUUCAUUUACCUGAUCCCCUGUCCUCUUCACUGCCCCCCCCCNCCCACCCCACCCACACCACCAGCCCUCUCCUCCUUCAGCUCGCAGCACUGCUCACAGCAGGAGCUCAUGGAGAGAGGAUAGUGACGCCAGCCGGAGAGAGUGAGCAUCCCAGUCUUGGUUUGACCCGCUCAAGUUGAAGCGUCACAGCUGAUGAGAUACAUGGGAGCCUCAUGAUGAAAUGUGGAAAAUGUUGAUGCUGCUGCUAAUGUGAUUUGCUGCUAACCCAAAUAUUGAAAAUGUUUUUCUGUGCAAUAUGAUGCCUGUUAAGUUUUGAGAAAACAAUGCCUGAGGAUUUACAAAGACCCCUUUUUACUGUUUGUCCAGAUACAUUUUGAAUAUUUCGCCUACAUGUGUUUGCUGGUAAAUUAGUCAUAAUUUGGUAUUAGUUUUUUUAAAUUCCUACUUAUUAUUAAUCGCGAAUUCUUUUGGAUAAUGUUUGCUCAGUUUUAGAUUUGUCAUUUUUAAAUGCCUAAAAAAAAAUGUGUCUGGACAUUCCCGAACUUAUCACUCAUGAAAUCACCGACAGUUAGUAACAUUUCUCUCAGUAUGCAGUCUUAUUCAGGCAAGCUUCAUAUGACAAGUGGCACGUCCUCCCAAAAAAAGACUUUGGUUUCUUCUCAUGUGAAUGAGUUGAACGACAGUUAACAUUUCUUUAAACAUGAUUGAUGUGUGCACCUCUCAGGUUUUCAGCAUUGAUACAGUCCACGAUGUUUACUUUGUUUAUUUUGCCUUUUUUAGUAGACAAUUCCACCCAGGAACUAACAAUACACAUUUUCAUUUUGGAUGUUUUGUUUGUUUUUCCUCCCAGUUGCCUGAGUCAUGUUUUCAGUAUUUUUUGCUCCCAUGUUACUGUAUACCUCCCAUCAGUCUUUGUAACUCCUUCCUUGAUAUUUAAUGGAAGAACUUCCCAUGUCCCUCACCUCUGCUGUGUUCAUCUCCGGCCAUUCCCUCUGAACUAGUCUCUUCUCUGUUCUCACUUUCUCUUAACUCCUCUCCCUGCAUGCUGUCCUCUCCUCUGCUACAGAUCUCUAACCAGUAUUUGUUCUCUUCUCAUUCUUAUCUGUUCCUUUUAUGCUUGUGACCGUUUGCCAUGAGCAUUUAGUCACUCUCACUAGUAAGUAUUGUAUUGCGUCUGCAAUGCUUUGAUAGUUUAUGUUGCGGCUCCCUAACAACUGAAUCAGAAGGUUUCUCUGCAACGCCUCUCCAUUUACAGAUCCAACUUGAACUGCCAUUUUGUAAAUCUUGUGUAUAUAUAUUUUUGAAAAAAAUAAAUAAACUUCAAGAAUAAAUGA